UUCAAUAGAUUUUGGGGUAAUGCCGUUGAGGCAAAACCAUACAGUCCAUACAUUCUAUCCUUAUCGCCGUGUGUCUCAUCCUCUGAGCCUUGCCGCAUCUCCUCUUCUCCGUCCCUGAGUUGAGCGACUGCAAGGUGGCGAAGCAAACCCUCGCAAAUUAGGUCGCCACCUCCGGGGACUGUGUCACUCGGCAGAAGUUGAAGGGAAGAAAUGGCUUCGAUUCUCGGAGUUACUGCAAUUCAUCAUGCACCAAAUCUUGAUAUUUACAGAAGGAUGGGAACAGCGGCGACGCCAUCACCCACGCCUUCUCUUUCUUUUGCUGACAAGUCCCACAUAAAUGCUUCCAAAGCUCAGACUAGUUUCAGUAGUGGUAGCCGUCGCAACUUGGCUUUCUCCGAUGGUUCCAGCGCUGGCACGUUCAAGUCCGGAUUCAGCUCUUCUGCAAUUGCGACUCCCAAUUCCAUCCUUAGCGAAGAGGCUUUCAAAAGUCUCGAUGGCUUCUCCAAGGAUGAUUUCAUCGAUUCCCAACCUAAUUCGUCUCUUGGAUUCUCUGCUGAUUCUCCUGCUGACGAAGAUGAGCUCGCCAUUUCCAAAUUAGGCUUGCCCCAACGGCUCACUGAAUCGCUCGAGAAGCGCGGAAUUACUAGCCUCUUCCCCAUUCAAAGAGCUGUUCUUGUCCCUGCACUAGAGGGUAGAGAUCUCAUUGCCCGUGCAAAGACUGGCACUGGGAAGACAUUAGCCUUUGGGAUACCAAUUAUUAAACGACUUACUGAAGAUGACGAAUUAAGAAGUUCGCGGAGGCGGUCACGUCUUCCUAGAGUUUUGGUGCUUACACCAACCAGGGAGCUAGCCAAGCAAGUGGAAAAAGAGAUAAAAGAAUCUGCACCUUAUCUGAACACUGUUUGCGUUUAUGGAGGGGUUUCAUAUGUUACACAGCAAAAUGCUCUUACCCGUGGAGUUGAUGUGGUAGUUGGAACACCUGGUCGAAUAAUAGACCUGAUAAAUGGUAACAGCCUCAAUUUGGGGGAAGUUGAAUAUUUAGUGUUAGAUGAAGCAGAUCAGAUGCUUGCUGUUGGGUUUGAGGAGGAUGUGGAAGUAAUUUUACAAAAGCUUCCAACUCAGCGACAAAACAUGCUCUUUUCAGCUACCAUGCCAACUUGGGUUAAGAAACUUGCACGCAAAUAUUUGGAAAAUCCAUUGACCAUUGAUUUGGUUGGUGRCCAAGAUGAAAAGCUUGCUGAAGGGAUCAAACUUUAUGCCAUAUUAACCACUGCAACUUCAAAGCAAACCAUUCUCAGAGAUCUUGUGACAGUUUAUGCUAAGGGGGGCAAGACCAUUGUUUUUACACAGACAAAACGUGAUGCUGAUGAAGUCUCUUUGGCAUUAGCAAAUAGCAUAACUUCAGAAGCAUUGCAUGGAGAUAUAUCACAGCAUCAACGGGAAAGAACCUUGAAUGGCUUUCGGCAAGGGAAAUUCACUGUGCUUGUUGCAACUGAUGUAGCUUCACGAGGAUUAGAUAUCCCAAAUGUUGAUUUGGUUAUCCACUAUGAACUUCCUAAUGAUCCAGAGACUUUCGUACAUCGCUCUGGUCGUACUGGACGUGCAGGAAAAGAGGGUUCUGCUAUUUUAAUGUUUACAAAUAGUCAAAGAAGAACAGUUAGAUCUCUUGAGCGUGAUGUGGGGUGCAAAUUUGAGUUUGCAAAUCCACCUGCCAUUGAGGAUGUCUUAGAAUCAUCAGCUGAGCAAGUAGUUGCUACUCUUCGUGGAGUUCAUCCUGAGUCUAUCGAGUUUUUCACUCCAACUGCACAGAAGUUGAUUGACGAACAAGGAGCGGGUGCUCUGGCAGCUGCACUUGCACAAUUAAGUGGGUUCUCCCAUCCUCCUUCAUCACGGUCGCUUAUUAGCCACGAACAGGGAUGGGUCACGUUGCAGCUUACCAGGGAUCCAUCUUAUUCUCGAGGGUUUUUGUCUGCUAGGUCUGUCACUGGAUUUCUAUCAGACAUUUAUUCCCCAGCUGCGGAUGAAGUUGGAAAAAUACAUUUAAUUGCAGAUGAAAGGAUACAUGGAGCAGUAUUUGAUCUUCCAGAAGAAAUAGCAAAAGAGUUGCUGAAUAAGCCACUGCCAGAAGGAAAUACAAUUUUGAAGGUCACCAAGUUACCUCCUCUGCAAGACGAUGGGCCACCAAGUGACAACUAUGGAAGGUUUUCUGGCAGAGAGAGAAAUAGCCGAAAUAACUCUAGGGAUCGCAGAGGUUUUAGAACAUCAAGGGGCUGGGGCAGUGGCCGAGACUCUGAUGAUGAUGGUGAUUUAUUUAGUAGAAAUCGCAGUUUUAGAACUAACAACAGCAGCAGGUCCCGGAAUUUUAAAAGCUCAGGAGAUGAUUGGCUAAUUGGAGGCAGACGAUCUAGCAGGUCAUCAUCCAUGGAUGGAUUUGGAGGAUCCUGUUUUAAUUGCGGAAGAAUGGGGCAUAGGGCAUCAGAAUGCCCCGACAAGUGACAAACAAGACGACUAAAUAUACGUGAUUCAGCUUUAGAUUUCGUGGCGACUUAUAAGUAGGUUUUUGGCAUCAGCCAGCUCAGUUGCAUUGUCUUAUAUUCAAUGGCUGGUAUUUACGUCUCGAAGAUGCUCCUUAGAAAGAGUAACAGGAAUGGUGCUGAGUCUCAUGUCGCCUUACGAGAUUACUUUUACAAUAUUUGCACAAUUCUCAGUCUGUUCUAGUUUAAGUUUUGCUCAGUGAAGCAUUCAAAAUUGAUUUGUUGUGUUAUGAAUUAUAUGGAUACCCUUUUUCGUCCUCCAUGUAGAAUGUAUAUGUUCCAGGAAGAGAAUUGGGAAAUGAAAACAGCGUAGCAUUUCUUGGUUAUAA